CUCUUAAUUAUCGAGUAUAUACGAGUAUCAAUCGUCUUAUACGUACCUGACGCGACACGAACACGCGAUCGCGACGCGUCCCAACGCGCUCCACCUAAAAAACUAACGCCGUUUGGACCACCUCCUAUUCUCACAUUAAGAACCUGCCCUACCCUCUCUUACCCUAUCUUCAAAACACCAUCGAGCCUUCCAAUCCAUAUGUCCUUAUAAUAUACGAUACAUAUUUAUCAAUUACUCGGACAGAUAGGAAAGAAUGCCUCGCACAACGAGACGAACCCCCCUUCCCCGGGGCCAAGGGUCGAUUCAAACCUUUGCAAGAACCACCAAGCCCGGCAUCACGGUUUCCUCGAACGCGAAGGAUGGGAUCAAGGCUCCUACCAAGACGCCCCUGCUGCCCAUUUCGCCUUCCAAGAAGCGGAAGUUGAACGAGAUUGUCGAGCAGGUGCAGAGUACGGAAAAGGCUGUUGGUGGAGAGGUAGGAGAAAAUCAGGUUCAAAAGGAACAAGAGGAAGAGGAAGAAGAAGCUGCGACUCCGUCCAAGACUCUCCGGUUUAGUGAUUUAUCGGUCAAUUCGCCGCGGAGUGCUCGGUAUGCUGGACGGUCACCGUCAAAGAGGACACAGGUGAUUCAUGAAGACUCGGUACCAGUUCCGUCUACGCCUUCGAAACGAACGGCUGUUAGGAAGAACGCACCAAAUUCGAAAUCAACACCCACCGUUACUACCACCUCGAUACCCCGUCCGCAGAGUUUCCAGGAUCUGUUGAAUCUGCACCUCGCUUUUUCGAAGGCGUUGACAAUUCACUUCGCACACAAUGGUGCCACGACACCCGCUGACCUCCGCGAAUUCCUCCCUAGUAUCGAACGCCUCUGGAGGAAGCGCAAGGUUGUCGUCAAGGAUUUGCAGCGAUUGGUGUGGAUUUCAGAGCAGGGUACCCAAACCAGCGGACCUACUUUUCGACUUGCGAAUUAUGGGUUGGGAAAAAUCUGUCUGGAGAGGGUGAACCGGGAUCGGGUGGAUGAGAAUGAGAUGCAGGAGCGCUUCGAGCAGACUGUCGAGCUGCUUUGGGAAAAGGCCGAGGAGAGUGACGAUGGGAGGGAGUUUAUCGAGACGCUGGGCGUUUCGCUGAUUCAUGAGUCGUUGACGCCGUUUUCUUCGUUCCGGAAGGGUCAGCAGCGGUUGCAGGAUCUCAAGGGGGGUAUUAUUCGGAUGAAGACUGAGAAGUUGAAGGCCGAGAAGGAGGAUGAUGGGUCGACGAAGAAGCCCGAGGCUACGACUAAUCGUCGCAUGGGGCUGUUGGAUCGGAUUAAGAACAAGGAACUCCGACAGUCGAAGCUGCCGCCGCCCCCGUCCAAAGAUAUGCUACUCCGUCGUGCGGCUGCGGAGCGAGUCGAGGAAGUCGUUGGCAUCGUGGCCUGUCUGAGACCUGUUGGUUAUGUCGGAACUGGAAUCAAGGCCAUGUUGGCGGCACAGAGGAAGCCGUUUCGUCUCGAGACCAUGGUGCAGAAUAUCCAGGAUUCCAUGCGGAACCCUAUCUCGGCGCAAGAGGUGGAAAUGUGUUUGGAGUUACUGGCACGGCCGGAUGUCGCUGGCCAAUGGGUCAACCUCGUCGCCGUCAACGAAAUCAAGUCGGUGGUGUUAAAGUCCUCUGCAGAUGUCUCGCCCAAGGAGAUCGGGGCCAAGGUUGACCAGAUCAAGGCGAAAUGGGACGAGUCGGCUUUCAAGCUGGACACCUCUCCUUAAUGUAUUUGUCAUGGUUGGAGUACUUGUUGGAUACGAUACUGGAUGCUUGUUGGAAUACUUUGUUUGGAUGGUUUUGUUCGAUUGAUACCCCGUGGAGCCUGGUAUGCUUCCGGCCUUACUGCAUAUGUCAUAGCAUCAUCUAUAUUAGCGUUGCAUGCUACCUUAGCUAGAGAAUCAGAAUAAUAUGAUAAUACGAUCAGAUCCGAGUUCAUGUAGGCUGAGCAACUCGCAUAAGAUAAUGGUAUUCAGUUCACCAACUCUACAUUCACCUGUUCUUUUAUUAAAUAAAAAUAGCAAAGGUGUUUCUCUCUUUUAACAAAAAUAUCACCAAUAUAAACAAGUGAGGCUAAAAACCAGAAAGGGAAAAAAAAGAU